AAGGCUCAAGUCCGACAGCUGAAGUGGGCGCGGUCAGAGGCAUGGCGCUGCUGAAAUUCCACUGGGGCGAGGAUGUGCGACGGGUACGGGUUCAAGAGCUGAGCUACGACCAGGUGCAGGCCGCCUGUCUGCACAUCUUCGCUGAGCGGCUGUCGCCGGACAAGGAGCUGCAGCUGGAGUUCCGAACCGGCUCCAAGCCGCUGACCCGCGAGAGCUUCCCAGAGCUGUUGGUGCUGCACGCCCAAGAGCAGCUGGAUCAGUCCGGCGGGCCACAGCGGUCCCUGAGACUCGUGGUCUCCGACGGCGAGAUGCGGGCCAGCGAGACGCGAGUUUCGCUUGAGGACUUCGGAUCCGAGGAACUUUUGCAGGUCAAGACGGAGUUGGAGGACAUCCCAGCCCCGGUUACGCCCGAAAACUGGUCUUCCCAGGAAGUCCCCCAGCCGCAGACGCCCGAGACGCCCUACCCCGACGUCAAGGAGGAGCCUACCGAGACGGUCAAGACGGAGCCAGAGGCUGGCGGCUUCCCAUUCCAGGCCGACGGCGUGCGCAAGGCAGCUCGGCGACUGCUAAAGCAGGUGAGGCGCCAAAGGGAGGCCAAGAGGCGUGAGGAGAAGAAGGCGGCGCGGAGACGGCGCAAGGCCAAGUGCAAGGUGCUGAAGCGCAUGGAGAAGGCAGCCCGGGUGGCCGCUCGGCGCCUGGCACGGAGAGCCAAGGGCCGCAAGGAGAAGGGCAAGGCCUCGAGGAAAGCGGCGCGUGAGGCCCGGGGCUGGCGCUCCGAGACCGAGGAAGAAGAACGCGAGGAGGACGAGGACCUCGAAGUGGGCUUCCUGUGGCCGCAGAGCGAUCAGGAGUUGACUGCUAAGCAGCUGCGGAAAGAAGGGAAGAAGGCGGCCCGUCGCCUCUUGAGGUUCGCCAGGAAGGCCCGGAAGCUCCGGAAGCGGGGGGAUGGACAGCUGACGGGCCCAGAGGAGGACUUGCAGCGCAUGGUGCGGAACGCCCAGGUGGCGUUCCAGGGCCUCUUCCGCGAAGAGCCGCUGGCCCCGGCCGUCUGAGGAGAGCUGCAAGAGGAAUCUGUCGCACCGCGCGCCGCGUGAAGAGGGGCUAUGAGCCGAUUGAGCGGUGCUUGGAAGAACCUGGGGGCAAAACGAGCUGGGGC